UUGAUUGUAGCUGUGAUUAUACUCCUCGUCUUCAUCGUGAUUCAACGUCGACCUUGGAAACCAGCGCGGAAACGUGUUCGAACCCACGGUAUUUGGUAUCCACCAUCCCUCUUCUUCCCUUCCAGUGGAGGAGGAGGAGGUUCAGGUACAGCAGUUGCUCAUUCAAGGAAUCCUUGUGUUGCCAAUGAUCCUGGAAUCCUUCAACAACAGGGGCAUAAGCCUGGUGGCAAAACCGAUGGUUCACAGCUCGAAGAUCUCUUACUUCCUGGGGGCAAAAGAGCGAGAUACUCGCCGUCUAACGCAAGGAACUACCAGGAUGAACAAUACGGUUUAAUGCCUCAAGAAUCUUAUCAACAUGGAUACACAACUCUCCAGAGUUCAACAACACGGACACUCCAACAACACGACCCUGCUGCUACUGUAACUGGAGAGUUGGCUAGUACAAUCCGUGCAUCCGAUGGUUUGCACCCACUCGGUUCUGAAGCCCUUUCCAAGAUGGAAAGGGUGAUUCGAGAUAGUCAGCACCCGAUGGUUAAUCAGCAACAGCCACCCCAACAGCAUCCAUACAUGCAUCAACAAAAUCUUAAACGCUCAUUCUCGACCGUGGAACAUUCAGAGUACGAUCAAGUAAUGAUGGGAGGUCGUGGAGUAGGCGGAGUGGCUGAUAAAAUUCAACAGCAGGAAUCUUUCGUCACGACAAGAAAUCCAUUGAAUGGUGAGACUAUCCUUCAUCUUGCCGGUAGAAUGAAUGUUGGCGAAAGAGCUAUACGUCGGCUUGGUGGAAUUGUGGUUGCAGAUGACGGUCCCAAUUCAUCUGAAAAGACUCUUGCUAUUCUGUGUCUAGAUAAAGAUGGAAGGUCGCCAUUAACAGCAUCAGCGGCAACAGAUGGUUUGGAGACUACCACAGCGCUGUUCCGACUAGAAAGGGAGGCGGUAUCUUGUAACAGAAGUGCAGCUAGUGCCCAAGCUCAGCCAGCUUCAGGUGCAGAUGCUGGAAUUUCAGGUGAGAAACCAACAAAUGAAGCAAGGCGAAGGACUAGACAUAUCGAAUCUAGACGAUCAACCCCUUUAAUGGUUUCGCAGAAGGCCGGAUGCUCUGAGGUUACUAAACGAUUGCUGGAUGAAGGUUGUUCUAUACAAGGGGUUGAUGAGACUGGAAGAAAUCUUGUUCAUUGGGCCGCAGCUUUAAACGACGCUUCUCUAUUAACACGAAUAUCUCAUACUAAAGGCUUUUCUCGAAUGCUAGAAGCUAGAGACGACUAUGAUCGAACACCUCUGAUGCUGGCAGUGAGAGAAAAUUCCUUUGAAGCUGCUCAAAUUCUUCUUGAGCACAGGGCAGAAAUUGAUGUUUCUGAUUAUACUGACAGUUGUCCAUUAAGUGAAGCUGAAUCGAGAGGAUUCAGUCGAAUACAUGCUCUGUUGCUGGAAUAUAAGCAGAGGAGACGUCCAUCGAAUGCAGGAGGAUCAGGUUCUCGACAUCAGACAAAGAACGAAUGCCCAGCUCCUGGAAGUCCAACAUCCUCCGCAAACUCAGACGACGAAGAGGCCACUGGAUCAGAAGUUGAUACUACACGGGGAGGGACUGAUAAUGCCACCUCUUCUACCCAAUACACACCCCAACAUUAUCAAAACUCCCAAAUUUCUCCACAAAACGACGUUCCGACUACAUCCUCAGGAGGUGAAAGUUGGCAUCAUCAGGCUUUCUGCAAUGACAUAAUUAAGCCAGAUCCUUCGGUUUGCAGUAGUGGAAGUGGGAUAAUGAAACAGGAGGAUCGUAUAUCCCCGCAGACCCCUUCCACAUGGAGUCCGCCUCUGAUGGCCCCAAGUAGUAUCAAGGAAAUAUCACCCCCUGUUGCCUCCACACCCUACUGGCAACAAAUCCAUCAACAGCAGACCCAACAAUGCGGAUACAUGGAAAAUUACUCAGCGUAUAAUGGUGGAGAACCUCAAUUCCCUGCGCCCUUUCCCGCCACAACAAACGAAUACGAAUCGAAUCACCACACGUACCAAAGAAAGUACCAGCAGAAUCAACAACCACAACAGCAGCAGUCUUUAACUCAACUCCAAAGCCAACCAAUAGCAACUCAGCAUCAACCUCCACAGCAGCAGACAUUAACACAAGUUUCCCAACAUCAGCAAUCCCAGGCACCUCAGCAAAAUGGACUGUGUUCGACACCUCGAAAUGGUAGAGCACCGGUUUAUAUAGCUGGAAGUCAACCUUCUUCGAGGGGUAUGUUUGCGGUGCAAUUGUGA